CACCGCCCCGGGCCCUUCCCGCCGGCGCCCGGCUCCCGAGGAGCGGCGGCGGGAGGAGGAGGAGGCGGAGGAGGAGGCGGCGGGCGGCUCACCUGCACCGGGCCCGCGGUGCCCCCGCGCAGCCGAGCGGGAUCCCGGCGCAGCGGCUCCAUGGCGACCGCGGCGGUGGAGCCGGUGUACGGGCUCUCCGAGGACGAGGAGGAGUCUCGUAUCCUCAGGGUGAAGGUGGUUUCUGGCAUUGAUCUAGCGAAAAAAGACAUCUUCGGAGCCAGUGACCCGUAUGUGAAACUUUCCUUGUAUGUAGCAGAUGAGAACAGAGAACUUGCUCUUGUGCAGACAAAAACUAUUAAAAAGACACUGAAUCCAAAAUGGAAUGAAGAAUUUUAUUUUAGAGUAAACCCAACCAAUCAUCGUCUUCUCUUCGAAGUGUUUGAUGAAAACAGAUUGACUAGAGACGACUUCCUGGGUCAAGUGGAUGUUCCACUUAGUCACCUUCCGACUGAAGACCCAGCCAUGGAAAGGCCGUACACAUUUAAGGAUUUCCUUCUCAGACCAAGAAGCCACAAAUCUCGUGUGAAGGGUUUCUUGAGACUGAAGAUGGCUUAUAUGCCUAAAAACGGUGGCCAGGAGGACGAAAACAGUGAUCAGAGGGAUGAAUCUGAGCAUGGAUGGGAUGUGGUUGAUUCCAGUGACUCCGCAUCUCAACGUCAGGAGGAGUUGCCGCCUCCUCCGCUGCCUCCUGGAUGGGAAGAGAAGGUGGACAACCUGGGGCGGACUUACUAUGUCAACCAUAACAAUAGGACUACCCAGUGGCAUCGACCAAGCUUAAUUGAUGUGGGAUCUGAUUCGGAUAACAAUAUCAGGCAGAUAAACCAAGAAGCAGCCCACAGGCGGUUCCGAUCUCGGAGACACAUUAGUGAGGAUUUGGAACCGGAACCUAUGGAGAGUGGAGACAUUCCUGAGCCUUGGGAAACCAUUUCAGAGGAAGCAAGUGCAAGUGGAGAUUCCUUAAGCUUGUCGUUGCCACCUCCUCCUGCCUCUCCAGUAUCCCGUACCAGUCCCCAGGAGCUCUCUGAGGAGCUGAGCAGACGACUUCAGGUCACUCCUGAUUCCAAUGGGGAACAACUCAGUUCUUUGAUUCAACGAGAUCCUUCUUCAAGAUUAAGAUCUUGCAGUGUAACAGACACGGUUGCCGAACAGUCUCAAUUAUCCUUGCAGAGCGGUCCAUCUAGGAGAGCUCGUUCUUCAACUGUCACAGGUGGUGAGGAACCAACGCCUUCGGUGGCCUAUGUACAUACCACACCAGGCUUACCUUCGGGCUGGGAAGAAAGGAAGGAUGCAAAGGGCCGCACUUACUAUGUCAAUCAUAACAAUCGGACCACGACAUGGACAAGGCCUAUUAUGCAGCUUGCAGAAGAUGGUAUGGUGGGGUCGACAGCAAACAGCAGCAACCAUUUAAGUGAACCCCAGAUAAGACGGCCUCGUAGCCUCAGCUCACCCACAGUAACUUUAUCUGCUCCACUGGAGGGAAUGAAGGACUCCCCUGUGCGCAGGGCGGUGAAGGACACCCUCUCCAACCCGCAGUCCCCGCAGCCCUCACCUUACAACUCUCCUAAACCCCAGCACAAAGUCGCACAGAGCUUCCUUCCUCCGGGCUGGGAGAUGCGGAUAGCACCCAACGGCAGGCCCUUCUUCAUUGACCACAAUACUAAAACUACUACGUGGGAGGAUCCACGACUGAAAUUUCCGGUGCAUUUGAGAUCAAAAGCAUCUUUGAACCCUAAUGAUUUGGGCCCUCUUCCUCCUGGUUGGGAGGAAAGAAUACAUUUGGAUGGAAGAACGUUUUAUAUAGACCAUAAUAAUAAAAUUACCCAGUGGGAAGACCCCAGACUGCAGAAUCCAGCCAUUACUGGUCCAGCAGUUCCGUAUUCCAGGGAGUUCAAACAGAAAUACGACUAUUUCCGGAAGAAGUUAAAGAAACCAGCUGAUAUACCGAACAGAUUUGAGAUGAAACUACACAGAAAUAAUAUUUUCGAGGAGUCUUACAGAAGAAUCAUGUCUGUGAAGAGACCUGAUGUACUAAAAGCCAGGCUCUGGAUUGAAUUUGAGUCAGAAAAAGGACUUGACUAUGGAGGUGUGGCCAGAGAAUGGUUCUUUCUCUUGUCCAAGGAGAUGUUUAACCCUUAUUAUGGUCUCUUUGAAUAUUCAGCAACGGACAACUACACACUUCAGAUUAAUCCUAAUUCAGGUCUUUGUAAUGAAGAUCAUCUGUCGUAUUUCACAUUUAUUGGUCGGGUUGCUGGUCUGGCAGUAUAUCAUGGGAAGCUACUGGAUGGCUUCUUCAUCAGACCUUUUUACAAGAUGAUGCUGGGGAAACCAAUAACUCUGAAAGACAUGGAGUCAGUGGAUAGCGAAUACUACAACUCUUUGAAGUGGAUCCUGGAAAACGACCCGACAGAGUUGGAUCUCAUGUUUUGCAUAGAUGAGGAAAACUUUGGACAGACAUAUCAAGUCGACCUGAAGCCCAAUGGGUCAGAAAUCAUGGUAACAAAUGAAAACAAAAGGGAAUACAUUGACCUGGUCAUCCAGUGGCGGUUUGUAAACCGAGCAAAACAAAUGAAUGCUUUCCUGGAGGGAUUCACAGAACUUCUUCCCAUUGAUCUGAUUAAAAUUUUUGAUGAAAAUGAACUAGAGUUACUGAUGUGCGGCCUUGGCGAUGUUGAUGUCAAUGACUGGAGACAACAUACAAUCUACAAAAAUGGUUACUGCCCAAAUCACCCCGUCAUCCAGUGGUUCUGGAAGGCUGUUUUACUGAUGGAUGCUGAAAAGCGGAUUCGGUUGCUGCAGUUCGUUACCGGGACGUCACGCGUGCCUAUGAAUGGAUUUGCUGAACUUUACGGUUCAAACGGUCCUCAGCUGUUUACAAUAGAGCAAUGGGGAAGUCCUGAUAAACUGCCCCGAGCUCACACAUGCUUUAAUCGCCUAGACUUACCUCUUUAUGAAUCUUUUGAAGAUUUGCGAGAGAAGCUCCUUAUGGCAGUGGAAAAUGCUCAAGGAUUUGAAGGGGUGGAUUAAAACGCCGCCUUUCUCCCCCCCUUCAAGCAAGUUCUGCUUGCACUUCUGCAUUUGCCUAACGGACUCCGAGUGACUGUGGCAGAACAGUUGCACAGCGCUGGUUCAUGGAGCAAACCCUUCGACAGCGCAGUUGCCUGAAUCCCCGAGUUGAACUGCAAUCCGUGGGUGGCUUUUCUGCCCUUUCCACAGCAGGUUACCAACUGCUUAACAGGAACUCUGAUCACAUUUCAGCAGGACUUACUCUAUUUAUGUUGUGCCUCUGUAGGCAAAGCCCUUAAUAAAUAUUUUACAGAAUUUCUAAUGACAAUGAAUGGAAUUAAUCAUUUUACAGGUAUGGUAUUACAACUCAUGUUUACUUUUUAAUUGAUUUAGACAUUUUCAGAUUUUAUUUCAUUACAAUUAAAUAUCAUAUACUUGGAAAACUGAGCAUUUUUCUUAAUUUCAUACCAGACUUGAUGCCAGUGUCACUUUUUCAAAGCACAUUUUGAGCCUUGUGUUCCCAAACUAUUAAGAAAGUAGGAGGAAGCUAUGUUGAAAAUUUUCUCUACGCGGGCUAUAUCUUGAGAGCAACUCUUUUCAUUGAGCACAUAAGUAUUUUUCUGUAUCCAGAAGUAUGGACUGGAUGUUGCAUUUUUCUAUAAAUAUUAGAAUAGUUACAAGUCAAGGGAGAAUCAUAACAUAGCAUGCCAAAUCUCAUGUUCAAUAAAGAAAUUGCCUCAUUAUUGGUAAUAUUUACAUGUACUAUAAAGCAUUUUGGGGUGGGGUUGGCAUUAAUCAUUUUAGGAAAAUAUGCUUAACCCUGUUCAUUAUCUUUGUAUAGUGAUUCUUUUCUUACCCUUUCCUCUUUACUGUUCGCAACGGAGGCAUUUUGAAUGAAACCUGGCACUAUGUGAUUUGGCACUAUGGAAACAGAUCUGUUUUGUCUCCUAUUUGUAUGCAUUUGCUAAUGAUAUCUAAAUAACAAUGGUUUUUUUGUUUGUUUCUAACUGCACCAACUCUAAAGGCACUUUAUGUAACACAUGGAAGUCAUAUCUGUUUUUUAUCAUAAACAUUAAUGUGAUUAUAUUCCUUCUCACUGCACAUGUCGUUCUGGUGCAAUAUCUAUCAGUUGUGAAUUUGGCUGCUGCUGAUGUAUAAAAAAAAAACCACAACAGAUGUAGAGCUGAGCCUGCAGACAUGUUCCUCAGCAAUUGUUUUUUGUGAUUUAUUUUUUACUUAAUCACAAAGAUUUAUUUAAUAUACACUGCUAUCUAAUCAAUUUUGUUACCUAUGACAUGUUGCAUGCUUAAACUAUAAUGUCUGAGUUGCAUCUCUUUUGUGACAGAUUAAAAGUGAAAGAUUUGUAUUUGAGCCACUGAAGUUCAAUGGUUACAAUACUACUAGGGUAGGUUUGAGGAGGGUACAGCUUCAGCAAUUUAACAUUCAGUUUUGUGAGUUCUGCCCACAUACUUACCUGUAAGUUGGCUUUUUCCCCCAAGAACCUAUUUAACACUUUAUGAAGCCAGAUGACACCACCUGCCAAAACAGACCGUCACCUCAUUGCCAGCAGCUUUUUAAGCCCUGUCCUUACCUGGUCGCCAGCACCCAGGGGCCAGGACAGUCUGUCUGGGCAGGAGCAGCUGCACGGCAGAAACCGCAGGACUGUGGCGGCUGCUGGAAAGAAGCCUGAGUGCUGCUAACCACCACGAGGGGUUGGGUGCUAGCACGAGGUCUGAAGACCUAAUCGAGGCAUGAGGAAGGUGAUGUUAUUAUUUGAUCACGGGUCAAGAUGAAUUUUCUAUUAAAUGUUUCCUGACAUUCCUUUCGGACUCUCUACAUCUGAUGAGUGAGCCUGAAGAUGAGAACGUGGGCGGCCUCAGAGUGGAUAAACACCGUGCUGAUCAUUCAGCUGUGGGGAAAAGGAAGUAAAUCCAGGUAUUUCCACUGACCUUCUCUAUGUUCAGCACAGCUGGUGAAAACAUGGUCUCCCUUGAGGGAAGCAUCAUACUCCAUCCAAAAUCGGUUUUCUUCCCUCACCUGGAAAAUGUUUGCUGUGGUUAGAGCCUCUGCCAUGUAUCAGCACCUUAAGAACUCCUGAGAAUUGAAUUUUUUGGUUGUGAAACUGCAAUGUGAUUUCAUGUAUCAAUGAAGCCUGUGACCUACCAGUCGUGCAGCUCAGGUAGAACCAGAAGUCAGGUUUGUGUUUAAGAAUCUGCCGUUCCUCUUGUGUCUUGCUUUGGUCCCUUCCCUCCUCUCACCCUCAACUCAUAAAGCAGGUUUACUAAUACUUAUCUACAUCAAAGCCCUUCCAGCUAUCAAGGAUUACAUAGUGACAUCUGACUAGAAGGUUUCUUGGAUUCUUUAUCUUUUAAAAAAAAAUAUUUAGAAUGACUUAGCUUAACAUCUUUUCAGAUUCUACUCACCUCCAACUGACAGAUACUCCAAAACCCUUCACUAGGUAUUAAUAUAGUGAGGCAAAUUCCUCUGUAUGAAUUGUAAUUAAUGCGUAUUUGGACUGUAGUGGUUUGAGAGACAGGCUUUCAAUUUUUAGGAAGUAGUUCAAUAUUAAAAGAAAGCCCUUAACUCCCUCAGGGUGUGCCAUGAGAGUGGCAGCUUUGAGUGCAGCGCCCAAAGGGCCCUGCCCUACCUCGGGCAGCACUGGCAGAGGCCUGACGUGCAGUGCCCUGACAGACUUGUGCAGCUCAUGCUGAAACCUGCACCAUUUGGUCUUUUGGGGCAAUUAAUGCAAAUAACUACAUAAGUAAGUGCUAUUUGUGCUCUAGCCAGUGCAGGCACAGCUCUCACCUGCAUUGCUGACGCGCCUCGCAGUACCAGGCACAGCUAUCAGCCCCAGCCGCUAGCUGCUGUACGUUCAAGGCCCUGUGAAGGUGUUCCUCCCAACAGCCCAGGUGAACGUAGCAGUAAGCCAGCUCAUUACUUUUCUUUCCUGAGAUUUAGCUAUGCUAUCACAACACAGCACUGCAUCUUGCCUGUACAAACGCACCACAGCUCCCUCUGCUACGGAAAUGAAACGGUCUGAAAGUAGCCCAGAGUCAGCGAUCACACACGAGCCAGACUACGUGGAGGAGAAGCUGAAAAUCGCUCAGCCCAGUCCCAUUUCUGCAUCGAGCUUUCGUUACGGGCAUCAGAAGCCUUCCUGGGAGCUAGAGCUAUCAGGCUGCCACUGCCAGGCUCGGCAGCGCUGUAGCUACCAGGACACAAGCCCCUGCUAAAACGUGCUAACACCCAUGCAACCCAGAUUUUAUUGUUGAUGGCUAAACCCUUGGGCAGAUAGGCCCCUCUCUUCAGCCAGAAAGUUAAGAUCUUGUAUGCUAUGACAAAACCCAGGAAGUUAUCUUCAGUUUUGCAAUAAACUAUAUGCGGCUAAAUAAAACUGUGUCAGCUGUGCAAAGUAGCAGCUGCAGAAGAAAUGGGUUUUCUUCUGCAGGGCUCUAAACAGAGCCUGGAUUUUAACAGUCUGGAGUCCUGCUGGAGCUCCCGAAGCAACACUUGAAGCAAUCUUUCUAGAAGAAAAGGUAGCUAAAUGUCAUUUACUUAAAACAUCUAAAAGCAGCUAACAGUCCAGUGGGACUUGUACCGUAGUAUUGUGCCUUUCUUACCGCAGUACCUGCUUGUGCACUGACAGUUUAGCCUGCUCGCUACAAACCAACCCAGCGGUAUUUUAAAAGGUUCUAUUCAGCUGCUUUGUUUUGGUUAAUAAAUGGCAAUCAUAAAGGUGGUACCUAAACCAUUUUGCUUGCUCUUGUUUGCUCUUACGAAGCCUUAAGGCCACUGAUUCCUACAAAUUCUCGUCAGAACACAGGCUCUGCAGCUGCCACCCCCUGCUCUCACUAGGGCUCACAGCUCUGCCUGGGAGGGCUGGAGCGUACACCACCCCGACCACAUCAGCUCCUGCUCACACGCCCGGCCCCUGGAAACUGCUGCUGCGUUUUAUCUUCCAGUCCAGGAGGAACGAGAAGAAGGGCGCGUUUUAGCUUACUCCUGUCCCUUUCGUGGUGGCCUCUCCCCCUGCGGAGCGGGAGCAGAGCGGCGGGCAGGGCUGGGCUGUAAGCGGGCACUAACCCCGCACCGCUCAGCCCUGGCACUCGGCGGCACGGCUGCGGCACUCGCCGCUCCUCAAGCGUGUUCUGUGAGCAGGGAGGGCAAGCUGGAUAGUUAGACUGCACUUCGAAGAGUCAAAAAUAACCCAUCACACCCGUGUGAUUGCAAGGGCUAAUUAUCAGUAUGUAUAGUAGAAAAAAGGUAGAUUACCAGAUUGGACAUUUUAAAGCACACAUUAAUCUUCUAUAAUAAAAGCUUUUCCUUUUGCAUAUAAAAUUACAAGGACAGAAAAAACCCUGCAAGUCUUCACCCAUCUGUUACGAUGUUGCACUAAGAAGUAAUGCACGUUUGAAAUGCACGGGAAACUUCUAAAGCUGGAAUCUAACCAUAUUAAUGUUACGUCCCCCCCAGCCUGUCCCAGUGCACCCAGCACCCUAUUAGAUACCACCAGCACAAACCAUAUUUAGUCAUGUCAGUCAACGCACACUUCUAACAAUCUGUCCACAUUUAUCCUCCACUUGCAUGUUGGGGUUUCCUCCUUUUCCAUAUUACUUUCACAGAGACCUUGCGCUUUUUUCCUUAAUUUUUUAGUAUGUAGCUGUAAAAAUAUACACAGUACGCAUCCACAUACAAUUGUACAUGUGUUGCAUUUUUAUACUUUAAUCUGUGUUUUACUGGCUUUAGAGAGGCUGGUGAGCCAUCCGUCUCCACUGCAGAUUUGUCACAACCAUGCAAUAGUGAAUAGGUUAUGAUUCUCAAAACUCAAAUGGAAAUCUCAAGGAAACAACGUUGCUAUGUUCUGUGUUUGUGAACAUAAAUUUAAAAUAAAAUUUAAAACUGAGAUUUACUGAUAUUUCCAAACAUGUAAAAGUGUCAAACAUUCCAGAUUAAAUGCAUACUGUUUAAUUAUUUUAUUUUUUGUAAAGUCACCUCAAUACUAGAAGGCUAUUCAAAAUUAUGCUAAACUACCUUAAAGCUGAUUUUAAAAGUACUACUUCUAGAUAAUGCUCAUUUUCACAAUUAAUACAGCUUUAAACUGUGGUUGGAUUCGAUACACUGUGGGGAAAGGAUUUGUUUAUGGCAAAAGUCAUUUUUUCCAUUUAUUUUCUGAGAAGCAGUGAAAGAAACUGUAGUUUUGUUCUUCUGACAGCAAAAGCUCAAUGUGACAAAAUGAAGUUGUUGUAAUGAAAUGAUGCAACCUAAUUAAAUAUUUAAUAAAGAAUUAUGGAAGCUACAACA